AUGUCUCGCUUAGGCUGCCUUGUAACCCUUACCUGUCUGUGGCAGAUGCUGCUAAUGACCCUUGCUCUGGAGAUGGGUUUAUAUGAUGUGGAGAGGGGAAGAAAUGCAAAAUGUGAACUUAUUCAGAUCCCUAUGUGUCAAGGCAUUGGAUACAACAUGACUAGGAUGCCCAACUAUGUUGGCCAUGAGUCUCAAGCAGAGGCAGCGGUAAAGUUACAGGAGUUUGCCCCGCUGGUGGAGUAUGGCUGUCAUGUUCACCUCCGCUUCUUCCUCUGCUCUCUUUAUGCACCGAUGUGCACUGAGCAGGUGUCCACUUCAAUUCCUGCAUGCAAACCCAUGUGUGAAUCUGCUCGUCUCAAGUGUGUCCCCAUAAUGGAGCAGUUUAGAUUUGGCUGGCCUGAUUCUUUGGACUGUGAUCGUCUGCCUAGUAAAAAUGACCCAAAUGCGCUAUGCAUGGAGGCUCCUGAGAAUGCCACAAAUGGAGAUCCUGUAACCAAUGGACAUGGCAUGCUUCCUGUUGCUCCACGGCCUCCACGUCCAUCAGGUGGAGAAAUUAGUAUACCCGGC